AGGCGCGUGGGGAGUGCAGUGAGCGAGUCAGCGGCGUUCGUAGCGGCGGCGGCGGCUACAACUACAACGCGAGCCCGGGCGGAGCGGAGGCCCGCGGAGCAGAGGAGCAUCGCGGAGCGGAGGAGCAUCCCGGCCUCCCGGUCCGGGGCGGCGUGGCCGGCGGCUCAUGGCCAAAGGAGAGGGCGCCGAGAGCGGCUCCGCCGCGGGACUGCUGCCCACGGGCAUCCUCCAAGCCGGUGAACUCCCGGUCCAGGUGAAGAAGGAAUCAAAGAAGAAAAACCAGUUGUCCAUUUGCAACAAACUUUGCUAUGCAGUUGGGGGGGCCCCCUACCAGGUGACGGGUUGUGCCCUGGGGUUCUUCCUGCAGAUCUACCUGUUGGAUGUAGCUCAGGUGGAUCCUUUCUCUGCUUCCAUCAUCCUAUUUGUGGGCCGAGCUUGGGAUGCCAUCACAGACCCCCUGGUGGGCUUCUGCAUUAGCAAAUCCCCCUGGACCCGCCUGGGCCGCCUCCUGCCCUGGAUCAUCUUCUCCACACCCCUGGCCAUCAUCGCCUACUUCCUCAUCUGGUUUGUGCCUGACUUCCAACAGGGCCAGACCCUGUGGUACUUGCUUUUCUACUGCCUCUUUGAGACGCUGGUCACGUGUUUCCACGUUCCCUACUCAGCUCUCACCAUGUUCAUCAGCACGGAGCAGGGGGAGCGGGACUCUGCCACUGCGUAUCGGAUGACCGUGGAGGUACUAGGUACAGUGCUGGGCACAGCAAUCCAGGGGCAGAUUGUGGGCCAAGCACAUACACCUUGCGUCCAGGACGCCAAUGCUUCUACAGUAGCCUUGGAAGGCGUCAAUCGCACGCAGAGCGCCACCUCGCUCAGAGAAACGCAAAACGCAUACCUGCUGGCGGCAGGGGUCAUUGCCUCCAUCUAUGUCAUCUGCGCUGUCAUCCUGACCCUGGGUGUGCGGGAGCAGAGAGAACCCUACGAGACUCAGCAGGCCAAGCCGAUGCCCUUCUUUCGGGGCCUCCGGCUGGUCAUGAGCCAUGGCCCGUACAUCAAGCUUAUUGCUGGCUUCCUCUUCACCUCCUUGGCUUUCAUGCUGGUGGAGGGGAACUUCGCUCUGUUUUGCACCUACACCUUGGGUUUUCGCAACGAAUUCCAGAAUCUGCUCCUGGCCAUCAUGUUCUCAGCCACAGUCACCAUCCCCAUCUGGCAGUGGUUCCUAACCCGGUUUGGCAAGAAGAUGGCUGUGUACAUUGGGAUCUCAUCGGCAGUGCCAUUUCUCAUCUUGGUGGCCCUCAUGGAGAGUAACCUGAUUGUCACAUAUGUGGUAGCUGUGGCAGCUGGCAUCAGUGUAGCAGCUGCCUUCUUACUACCCUGGUCCAUGCUGCCUGACGUCAUUGAUGACUUCCACUUGAAGCAGCCCCAUAUCCAUGGGACCGAGCCCAUCUUCUUCUCCUUCUACGUCUUCUUCACCAAGUUUGCCUCUGGAGUCUCCCUGGGCAUCUCCACCCUCAGUCUGGACUUUACUGGGUACCAGACCCGUGGCUGCUCCCAGCCAGCACGUGUCAAGUUCACACUGAAGAUGCUGGUGACCAUGGCUCCCAUAGUCCUCAUCCUCAUAGGCCUGCUGCUCUUUAAGCUGUACCCCAUUGACGAGGAGAAGCGGCGGCAAAACAAGAAGGCCCUGCAGGCCCUGAGGGAAGAGGCCAGCAGCUCGGGCUGCUCUGACACAGACUCUACAGAACUAGCCAGAAUCCUCUAGGGCCUGCUGGGUGGCCCGAAGCCACCAUGCACAGGGCCUGGGUCACCAGGCCACAUGAGGAAUCUGGGCCUGCUUGCCUGCACACUGAACAGCUGGUCUCCAGAUGCCAGGAAGGGAGCCAAAGACUCGAGAGUGAGCGACCCAGGACGGCUCCUGUGCCCAUUGUGAGGCGGGCUGUUCAUACAGCCACCAGCCUCCCUGUGUCCACCCCAGGGGCCAAGCCCAGGGGCUGCUGCUGUGAAUAUGCCACAAGGACUGAUGGGGCCUAGCCCGGAACACUAGUGUAGAAACGUUUUAUACAGAGACUAAUUAAUAACUUAAUGACCAUGUACAUAGCAGCGUGUUUGUAUAUGUCUGUGAGCUAUUAAUGUUAUUAAUUUUCAUAAAAGCUGGGAAACGGAGCUGCCUGUU